UGGUAGUAAAGAUGCAACAUUAGCACUGGUUCAAAUGGUACAUUUCACGACAUAAGUUCAUCGCUUGUAGAAAAUAAACUAAUGUUAAACCACAGUAAAACUCAGUUUUUACAGUUUGUAACACACAAUUCAACAAAACCCAACACUUUAAUUUCAUAGAAUGACCAUAUGAUUAGUGAAACUGAACAGUUCAAAUUUCUAGGUGUUCACAUAGGUAGUUAAAUGUCAUGGAAAGCCCACAUUGUUCAAAGACUUAAUGCUGCCUUUUUUACUAUUCAAGUAAGUGACAGUUUGGCACAAAAAGUAGUCUUCUUCACUUAUUUUUGUUUGCUUAUGAUGUAUGGCAUUAUAUUUUGGGGUAAGUCUUCCCAUUCUCAAAGGAUAUUUUGGCUCAGGAAUGGGCAGUUUUGGCAAUAAGUGGUAUAAGUACGUGAACCUCUUGUCGACCCCUGUUCAUUAGUCUGGGUUUUCUGACAUUGGCUGUCAAUAUAUAUAUUCUUUGCUGUCAUUUCUUGUUGACAAUAUCUGCCUGUUCUCAAGAAUUAGUAGUUUUCACUCAAUUAAUACUAUUCAGAAAUCCAAUUUGCAUAUGGAUCGCACUUCCUUGACUGUUGUGCAGUAGGUGUGCAGUAUACUGCUGCAUUCAUUUUCAAUAAGCUGCCACAAGAAUUCAAAAAUUGUAGUAGUAAUCCACGCACUUUCUAAUCGAAACUGAAGAGUUUUCUCAUGGAUCGUUCCUUCUAUUCUGUUGAGGAGUUCCUUGAAAAAUUUUGCUGAUUCCUGUGUUAUAUUGUUGAUUGUGUUUACAUAAACUUAUGGCUUGUCUUUUUUGGCUUCAUAAACAUUUUAUUUUAUCUGUUAUUACUUUUAUGUUGAAAUUUCAUGUACUGACAUGUUCCAUGGCAUUGAAGAUUUGCUCCUCCAUUUGGUCCCACAGAACUAGACAUGUAAAAUAAAAAUAAAAUAAAAUCCUGACAUUGACAAGCUGUCUAAGAAUGUUUUGAUGCUAUGAAAAUUACAUACAUACUUUCUUGUGGUGGCCAUUGAAAGCGAAAAAUAAAAAGUUGUUACAAAGAUAAAUGACUCUCUAGACACAAAAACAGUGCUAUGUUUUGAAAACAGAAUGACUGCAAGAAACCUUGAUGCUUUCAAUCAUUUUUGUCAUGUGGGAGAAACCUGUUUGGUCAGAAUUAGACCCUGAUCUGUGGCAGCAGUGGCAAGGAAGUAACUGCAACAUGGCGGAUGUGCAUUUGAGCUUUGAAGUGCGGAAGCAGAUAAUUAAGUGGUACUGGAAGUUUGAGAAUGUAGCUGCAGUUCGAAGACAGUGGAGAAGUGAGUAUCGUACAGAACCACCUUCAAGGUUAACAAUUACACGUCUACGAGACAAAUUCGAAAUUCAUGGAACAGUGUGUCAUGUGCGUAAAGGUCGAUCAGGGUGACCUCGUACAGCUACAAGUGAUGAUUCCACAACUGCGGUCUUGGAACUGUUUCAGCGUUCGCCUCAAAAAUCUUCAAGGCAAGCAGCACGUGGGAGUAAUGUAAGUCCUAGUAGUGUGCUAUGCAUUCUGAAGAAAGGCAAGUUUCGUGUGUACAUUCCAAGGCUGGUGCAACAGCUAAGUGACGAUGAUCCAGAUCGAAGGUUAGAAAUUUGUGAAUGGGUUCAGGAGAUGGUGAGAUGUGAACCGGGAUUUAUUUGUAGCAUAAUUUGGUCGGAUGAAGCCCAAUUCAAACUCAAUGGAACUGUCAAUAGGCACAAUUGUGUGUACUGAACUGAAGAUAAUCCUCACAUUACAGUUGAAAAGGCUGUGAAUUUUCCUGGUGUAAAUGUGUGGUGUGAUUUGUCUGCAAGGGGACUCAUUGGGCCUUUCUGCUUUGAAGGUACUGUUACUGGAGAAAUGUACCUAACAAUGCUUGCUGACUCCAUAUUCCCUGCCAUUUGUGCAUUAUACGGUAAUGGUGAGUUUUAUUUCCAACAAGAAAUAGGGACGUACGAGCAUACCUGGAUCACAGUGUGCCAGGCCAGUGGAUAGGACGCAGGGGACCAAUCGAGUUUUCUGCACAUUCUCCAGACCUCACGCUGCUGGAUUUCUUCUUAUUGGGCACAGUAAAAGAUGAGGUGUACAAACAUAAACCAUGUAACCUGGACACACUUUGGAAUGAGAUUCAGGCGGUGUGCCCAGAAAUCUCAUUGGGCACUUUGGUACGAUGUACGGAAUCAGUGGUGACUUGUACUCAGAAAUGUAUUGAUGUUGAAGGCCACCAGUUUGAACAUUAAUCACAUUU